AUGCAUCCUAUAGUGCUGCGUCUCCUGCUUGCUCUGUUCCUGUCCGCGGGCGUCACGGGGCAGCGGUUGAUCAGCGAUCCAGACGACGGUCAGGUCGUUCGUUACCCGUCGCCGCAUUUCCUUCUCGACGAUCCCAUCGCCCAAGGCAAAGCGCUUGCCUAUCUGCAGGAUCAAGGCGUCAACACGAGCAUUGAAGCGCAGAGCUGGAAACAAGAGCACGGCUACGCGUCAUUGCGCGCUAUGCUGGACGACCAGUCGCUCUACCACGUGUCGAAAGACGCGUCCUUUGACUGCGGCUUCACGAGUCUUCAGUCCGAGACGCAGGACAUUCCGACGAACGGCACGUUCGAGAGCUCGGGCUACACGCUCGACGGCCCUUGCGAGGUCUGGCUCGAUGACACGCAAGUGAUCGCGGGCCGCAAUUGCCGCACGGAGUUUCCGCUCGGACAACAUGAGGUGGACUACAGCUCGUGCGGAGACUCGUGCACCCUCCGGUGGUACUGGCUCGGCAUCCGGUACGUCGAUGGCAUCUACUCGUGGCAGGUGUACAAGAACUGCGUCGGCCUUGGCAAAAAACAUGAGACGGCGUGA